UUCAGCAAUUCGAAGAAAUUUAAACGCUACUAAAAAAUUUGUAAUUUUUCGUGGUUCAAUUAAAUUAAUCGAAAUUCAGUUAUCAAUCGAAAUGUCUGCUGCUAUCGCAAACAACUCAAUGUGCAAUGAUUGCAACAACAACAGCAGCAAGAAGAAUAGCAGCUACUUGUCGACCGCCAAACAGUCACUGCUACAACACAGCUCCAAUACACACACUUCACUGCUACAGCACUGGUCCGAUGUGCAACAGAAAUCUAAAGUUUCACCAUCGCGUCGCCUAAAGAAUCUGCUGAAGCCACUGCUGGGACGCAUCUUCCAGUCGCGCGCAAAACGUCAUCAAAAGCGCAACUCCUACAUUGCCGCCUCACCCAACGGCGAACGGGAUGCAGAUUUUGAGUGGCUCAGCCAUGAGAUGGACAAUCGCGCCAACGAAGAUCUCGAGCAGCGGCUGGUCGAAGAGUUGGAAAUGUGUGAUAGUGACGCGGCACUUGUCGUCUACAAUGAGGAUGGCAAGCCUCGCUUGCAAACGGUGGACAAGGAUGAGAUUUAUGUGCCGGUGCAUUUUGCGCGUACCAACGCCGGCACCUUCUUCUGGACUUCGCUACAACGUCAGACAAUGGAACCAUACAAAAUACAAUGGAACUUUAUGGAUCGCUGGGCGCAGGCAUAGAAGCAGGGGUUGGGUGUGGGAACUGUGAUGUGUUUUGUGUGACACUGAAAUUGUAGGGCGAAUUUUGUGUUAGGCAAAAAAAAGGGAAUCUUCAACGGAACACACGGCUGCUGGGGGCGCAUGCGCUCCAGCAUUGGGUAAUGCAAGGUUUGGUCACUGCGACCUUGCUAGGGACUAGGGAGAUCAAAGGUAGGGAAAAUAUUGGUGAAAACACUAUGAAAUGCUACCAAGAAAUAUCACUAUUUUUCGCAAGAAAAAAGUUGACUAUUUCAGGUUUUUGUUAGGAAAU